AUGCAUACAACGAGCACUGCGCCCGCCCAACGCUGCGCCACCCGUCUGCGUUCCCGCACCGCGCGUCGCCAGCGCGAAUCCGCACCCACAGCCGCCGGAACACGUCCCCAGUCAGCCCAGAGCCCGCGAAUGGAACCCCUGUCCGGGCGCGCGCUCCCGGACACCCAGCCCGAUGCGCUAUCGUGCCGCCGCGUCGGGCGACGCUCGACGCCCGCGGUGUCCGCUUACGUCCAGUCCGUACUUCGAGCGCGCUCACCGCCCCGCGCAUCCCUCGCGGAAAGCGCCACCGACCUAGCGCGUUGGCUCGUUUGGAGCGGUUCCGAGCGCCGCGCUCUCGAGGAUCCCGCACACUCUGUGCGGGCGACUCUGCUCAGCGGCGGAUCUCCGAUGCAGCAGGAACCCGCGAAACACCAGCCUGCGGAAGGCGAGGAAAAAAAGUCACAACGUUGCACGCGCGGUGGACAUUGGCACAGCGGACGGAUCCCGAUCCAAGGUAAAGGCCGCCAGCGCGAGCGCCUCGUGCGUGCAUGCGCGCCGCACGCCCGUCGCGCGCGAACGCCGAGUCGCCAAUCCGCCAAUCCGCGCCUAACCGCCCGACGCUGUCGGGGCGUGCAGGGCAUCUACCAUGCAAGGCGACACGUCCCGCCGGCCGACGUCGACGUCGACGUCUGCGAUGUGCGACGCGCGACGAAGUGCAGACGAGGCAUGGACGUGCGUGCAACAGGCGUCGGAGAGUGCCUGUCAGCUUUCUCGGACGGGUGGGUCGGGGCCCAGGCUCGGAAGGGACGCUGGAGCUGGAGACUCGAUCGGCGAGCGGACGGGUCUGUGGUCUGUGGUCUGCAGCCUGGGAGGCGAGCCGUCGUCGUAGCUCGCACGCACGCGGAGCAGAGCUGCGGCGGGCGUAAUUACACAGCGGACGGCAACCUAUCAAACCGACGCGAUGCAUUCCGACCGGUGCCCACCCCAUCCUCCCAUCGCAUCCCAUCACGCCCCCUUCCAUCACAUCAGAAAAUACAACAGACGGACGGACGAACCAAAGACAGAAACGGGCCAUCCACGGAUCGUGUCCAUAGACGCGUGGAUCGCGACCGCGGCAUCACGCCCACGUCCACGCCCACGUCCCUGUCCAUCAGGCGUCGACACAUCAGAAGGCUCGCGCGUGGGCGCGACUGGCCAGGAUCGACGGACGGCUGGCUGGCUGGCUGGCUGGCUGGCACAGAAGGACACGGAACGGGCUUGGAAACGCGGGUGCAGUUGCGUCGCGCGGGAGGGCCUGGAAGCGCGACAGCGACGGGGGGCCUGUGCGCCUGGCCCACGCCCCCAUCGACGCCGCAAACGAAUGAUGACCCGGCUGCAUCAGCACGCACCACGCUCCGCGGGCGUGUUUUCGCGCGCACCCUCGCCCUCGUCUCGUCCACGGCGGUCGCUCGCGCGGCCGAAUCAGGGAUAGUGGAUAGCAGCCGCGCGCUGCUCGCCGCUCGCCAUCCAGGGACUCGAGGCGGUGGCGUUCUGGUCGCGGGUUCUGAUCUUCCUUGUUGGGCUCGAAAGAUUUCCGCCCUCGCCACGGUGUCUCGCCCCCUCGUCGGCGCCUUGUCAAAGACGCAGGAAGUCCAGCGGAAGCGUCAUCGGCACACAUCGGAGGGGACGACCGACCUCUCAACAACGGAAUCACUGAUCAUCGCCAAACGACGAGGGGGACAGAUGCAGAUGCAGAGGCACGAUCCCAGAUCCCGACGCCCACAACAACACUGCAUCGCGCCCCAUCACGCCGAACAGCAUCAUCGCCCCAAGCUCGCGCUCCCAAACUCUGCGCGGGCGUGA